GGUACACGGCCUUCUCUCUACUCUUCACCAUCCAAAUCCUACAACAACGACGGGGAUUUGACCCAUCAACCACGACUAUUCCACACACAGCUGGAAGUCGUCAAUCAACUCCCGACAAGGCGAUUGACACGCGACGCUGAUGCAAUUAGGUGCGCUUGUCCCUGAAUCGCAACAAACAAACUGCCUAGCCUGUCCGGGCUGAAAUUUGUACUCGAACACCGCGUCAAGAUGGGUAUUCCCGCCGCCUUCAGGUGGCUUUCCACCAAAUAUCCCAAGAUCAUCUCCCCGGUGAUCGAGGACACCCCGAUUACGAUGGACGAUGGUGCCGUCAUCCCGGUUGACACCACCAAGCCGAACCCGAACGGCGAGGAGUUUGACAACUUGUACCUCGACAUGAACGGUAUCGUCCAUCCCUGUUCUCACCCCGAGGACAGGCCCGCGCCCAAGGAUGAGGAGGAGAUGAUGGUUGAAAUCUUCAAGUACACGGACCGUGUUGUGAACAUGGUGCGGCCGCGCAAGCUUUUGAUGAUCGCUGUCGAUGGUGUCGCUCCCAGAGCUAAGAUGAACCAGCAGCGAUCCCGUCGUUUCCGCGCCGCCCGAGAUGCCAAAGAGAAAGAGGAGGACAAGGAGAAGCUGCUCAAGAUGCUCCAGAAAGACAAGAAGAGCACCGUGCAGGUCCAGCCCGUCGAGGAGGUUGUUCAAAAGGCAUUCGAUUCCAAUUCAAUUACUCCUGGCACACCUUUCAUGGACAUCCUCGCAGCUUCUUUGCGUUACUGGUGCUCGUAUAAGCUUAACACAGAUCCUGCGUGGGCCAAAAUCAAGGUCAUCAUCUCGGAUGCCACCAUUCCUGGCGAGGGUGAGCAUAAGAUCAUGGAGUAUGUUCGAUCGCAGCGCAACUCGCCAGGCCACGACCCCAAUACUCGCCAUGUCAUCUAUGGCCUUGAUGCUGAUUUGAUCAUGUUGGGUCUUGCCACUCAUGAGCCUCAUUUCCGCGUUCUCCGUGAAGAUGUUUUUGCCCAGGACGCCAGACCUAGAUUAUGCAAGCUCUGCGGCCAAAAGGGACAUGAUGCCGCGAACUGCCGGGGAGAGGCCAAGGAAAAGGAGGGCGAAUUUGGCGAAAAGGAUAGGGCUGCCCCUCUGAAGCCUUUUAUUUGGCUCCACGUCAACAUUUUCCGCGAAUACCUCGCGGUAGAACUCAACGUUCCCGGCCUUCCGUUUGCUUUUGACCUCGAGCGUGCUAUUGACGACUGGGUGUUCAUGUGCUUCUUCGUCGGAAACGAUUUCCUCCCUCACCUGCCUGCUUUGGAAAUCCGAGAGAAUGGUAUCGAUACGCUCGUCGCCAUUUGGAAGGACAACCUACCUUCUAUGGGCGGUUACUUGACCAAAGAUGGUCAUGUCGACCUUGAGCGGGCCCAGCUUAUCAUGGCUGGCCUUGCCAAGCAAGAAGAUGCCAUUUUCCGGAGAAGAAAAGAGACCGAAGACCGGAGAGAGGCUGGUUUCAAGAGGCGGAAGCUUCAGCAAGAAAAGCAGCAGCAACGUAAUGGCCAGGGGCAGCAGGACUCGCCAUCAUACCGCAAGCGGGGGCAACCGCCGCCGGAGACCUUUGCUGCAGCGAGCAUGAACUUGAUAUCUGUGUCUAACAUUCAGAAGCCGGCUGCGCAUAGCAUCACGCAUGAUAUGGUGGUGAACCGCCAGGCGGUUGAUCAGGCCAAUGUGGCCAACAAGAGCGCUGCCAGUGUCCUCAAGAGCCAGAUACAGAGCCUUAUGAACAAGCCCAAGGAAGAGGCCCCAGCCCCCGCCGCCGAGGAAGUCAAGGAGCCCGUUGCGGAAGAGGCUCAACCAAAGUCGCCCCCGUCUGCUCUCGGCAAGCGCAAGGCCGAGCUCAUCACCGAAGCUGAUGCCAACAGUCCCGCUGCGAGCUCGGGUGCUGAGACUCCAACCUCGGGCGAAGAGGAAGCCGUCGACACGGUCAGGCUCUGGGAAGAGGGCUACGCCGACCGGUACUAUGAGCAAAAGUUCAAGGUCGACCCCAAGGACAUUGAGUUCAGGCACAAGGUUGCGCGCGCCUAUGUGGAGGGUCUCGCCUGGGUGCUGAUGUACUACUUCCAGGGCUGCCCGUCUUGGGAAUGGUUCUACCCUUACCAUUACGCGCCCUUUGCGGCGGAUUUUGUCGACCUGGGCAAGAUGACGAUCAACUUUGACAAGGGGAGGAUAUCCCGUCCGUUUGAGCAGCUGAUGAGUGUGCUUCCUGCCGCGUCGAGACAUGCCAUCCCUGAGGUCUUUCAUGAUCUCAUGACCAAUGAGGAUAGCGAGAUUAUCGACUUUUACCCGGAGGAGUUUGACAUCGAUUUGAACGGGAAGAAGAUGUCGUGGCAGGGGAUUGCGUUGUUGCCGUUUAUUGAGAUGCCGCGGUUACUGAAGGCUAUGGAGCCGAAGCAGAAGCUGCUGAGUGAGGAGGAUAGGGCGAGGAAUGAGCCCGGGAAGGAGGUGUUGAUUAUUUCGGACGCGCACCCGGUUUACGAUGAUAUUACGCAGAAGUUUUACAGCAAGAAGCCGGUGGGGGAUAAGGUGGAGAUUGAUAGUGCGUUAAGCGAGGGGUUGUCGGGGAAGAUUGAGAAGAUUGAGGGGUAUGUGCCUCAUGGGGAGCUGAGGUAUCCUUUGGAAAGGCAUACGUUUCCGGAUGUGGACUUUGAUCGGACGUUGAGUGUUCACUAUGAACUCCCCUCCAGCUCUCACAUCCACAAAUCGAUACUCCUCCGCGGCGUGAAGCUACCUCCUCCAGUUCUCGACAGGAGCGACAUUGAGAUUCUCAAGGGCAAGGGCCGCAACUCUGGACGGGGCUAUGGUGGUGUGCCCUUUCAUGGAAAUGGUGGUGGCGGCAGAGGCGGGCGUAUCAACUAUGGUCCUGGAGGUAACAACCGUGGCGGCGGCGGUGGUGGUGGGUAUAACAAUCACUACCGCGGCAACAACAAUAACAACAACCAGUCUCAGGGGUAUGGGAAUGGGUAUGGUAAUGGGGGUGGAUAUGGUGGUGGGCAACAACAGUUCCCUCCUGUUCCUCCUCCGGGCUGGCAGCCGCCGGUCCCUCCUGGGUUUCCCGGGUUUGGGCAGGGUGGUCCGCCGCCGGCGCCGCCGGGGUAUGUGCCGCCUUAUCAGCAGGGGUAUCACCAACCGCCGCCGCCGAACAGGUAUGCCAUGCCGCCGGUGCCGCCGCCGGGGGCUUAUGGUGGUGGUGGUGGGUAUGGGGGACAGGGUCAAGGGGGUUAUCAGCAGGGUCGGCAGCAUGAUCAGUAUCGGCCUCAGGGACAGCAUGAUAUGUAUCGGCCUCCUCAGGGAGGACAAGACAGGAGACGGGAUGGGGGACGGGGUGGUGGCGGUGGGGGUUAUAGGGAUAAUAGGGAUUAUCGGAGGUAA